UUUUAUAUAUACAACCAUCAGGUGUAAGUCAACAAGGUUUUAUAAAUUUUGCUGGUAGCUUUAUACCUAAUACGGCACAAUCGUCUCAUACUCAGCAACAAAUCGUCAACACGAAUUCUCAAACAGCUGCAAUGUCAGCCGCAGCGCAAGGUUAUACUGUUAUGUUUAAUCCGCAAUUAACCAUGUCAACACAAUCACAGAACGCAGCUACUUUGCAGCAACAUAUUAGCUCGCCUUACAUAUUGACAAGCCAAAAUAUACAACAGCAACUACAGAUUCCUGCUAAACAAUAUCACCCAUCCUCAGUUUUACAACAAAAUUCGGCCGAUACUACACAUAACCAGCCGUUAGUGAGCCACACAACAUCUGGAGCGACAGAAGUUAAUUAUGUAACCAGUAUACUACCAUCAAAUUCCACAACAACAUUAACGCAACAACAGACGUCUCUGCCUAAUAUUACCAAUGCAGUUUCCCACACAAUUGUACAGCAAGUUAUGCCGCAAACAAUGACUUCUGUAGCUUAUCCUUACAAUACACAGACUGAAGUUAAUCUACCUGAUUCAACUAUUUCACCACCUACUCAAGAUAAUUCAUCAAUACAUCAUAAGUAAAAUGUGCUAAAUAAAAAAGAAAUGCGUGCGUGCCUUGACACUACUCAGAAAUACAAAAAUAAAUCAACGUCUUAGAUGUAUGGAUGGAUAGAUGGAUGUAUAUAAACCCCACUCCGACGACCGCUAUAAUAUAACCAAUUAUGAUGUGUGGCAAACAUUUGUUUUAAUUUUUUUCGUUUUUAGAUAAAUUUUUAUAGAAUAUGUAUCAGGUCUUAUAAACAAAAUGUUUCCCAUAUAAUUUUCAUAUGCCUGCAUGUCCACAUGUAUAUCGUCAUCUAUAUAUAAGCAGAAUCAAGAAGGUAAAACAUGAUAUAUAUUAGUUGAAAACUUGUACUUCUCUACAUUUUAUUAAAUAUUUAUUAGUUUAAUUAUGAAUACAUAAUACCGUGCAAUAUAUAGAAGUUUUUUUAAUUAUAA